AUGACGAGAAAUCUUAUCUCAUUAAGUACUCUAGAUUUGAAAGGGUACAGAUACUCCACUGGAGGUAGAGUUAUGAAUGUAUCAAUAGGCUCUCUUGUUGUCAUGAAAGGUGAUUUGAAAUCUACCAAUUUGUAUCUUUUGCGAGGUACUACAAUUGUAGGUAAUGUUGCUACAAUUUCAAAGUCAUCAUCUGAUUCUGAUGCUACAAAGCUUUGGCAUAUGCGUCUUGGGCAUAUGAGCGAACUUGGUUCGGCAGAGCUAAGUAAGAGAGGGAUUCUUGAUGGAUAUAACAUUAGUUCAACCAUCUAUUUGCUUUUGUAUGUUGAUGACAUGUUGAUUGCAGCAAAAGAUAAAAAGGAAAUAGCAAAACUAAAGGCACGGUUGAAUAACGAGUUUGAGAUGAAGGACUUGGGUGCAGCAAAGAAGAUUCUUGGCAUGGAAAUUAUCAGAGAAAGACAUGUUGAAAAAUUAUACCUUAGUCAAAAAGGAUAUAUCAAUAAGGUUCUUCGUCGCUUUAAUAUGCAUGAAGCUAAGACAGUGAGUACACCUUUAGCUGCACAUUUCAGAUUAUCUGUAGCUUUAUGUACACAGUCAGAUAAAGAUGUGGAGUACAUGUCUAAAGUUCCAUACUCAAGUGCAGUUGGUUCUCUUAUGUAUGCCAUGGUUUGCUCUCGUCCGAAUUUAUCUCAUGCAUUGAGUGUUGUUAGUAGAUACAUGGCCAAUCCAAAUAUUUGCAAGGUACUUCAAAUGCAUGUCUACAAUUUGGAAAAAUCUAAAAUUGUACUUGUUGGUUAUGUGGACUCUGAUUAUGUUGGCGAUUUUGAUAAAAGAAGGUCACUCACAGGUUAUGUAUUCACCAUUGGUGGAUGUGCUAUUAGAUGGAAAGCAAGUUUGCAAGCUACAGUGCUUUAUCUACAACUGAAGCAGAGUAUAUGGCUAUUUCUGAGGCAUGAAAAGAAGCUAUUUGGUUGA